CGCGGCUCAUUGCAAAUAAAAGAAAAGGAAAAAAUAAAAAAUAAAGAAAAAAUUAUUCCAGGAGUAUAAAUUCAGACACAAAACUCAACUCUCCUCCGCAAUCAACAAUUUGUUGGGUUGUCAACCCUAGAAAUUGUUCCCAAUUCUUCCAGCUUGGGGUUUCCAUUUGCAGGUUUUUUCUUGAAAAACCCUAACCUGAUUACCAGCUGGGGGGGAUUAAUUGUGUUUAUUGUCUGUCUGCAUUUCCUUUUGUAUUUUUCUUGGCAGAAAAAAGGUAGAGAAUUUUUCUGAAUUCCCAGAGGGAGGGUUGAGGAAUGGGGAGCAGAAUGCAGCAGGGGAAGAGAGGGGAAGUUGGGGUUGAUGAUGAAGCAAUGGAGCUGAAGAAGAAGAAGAGUGUUAAUGAGAGGAGAUAUGGGGACGGAGUUGCAUGGCGCAGAGGAGCAAUGUUGGGGAAAGGAAGCUUCGGGUGUGUUUACAUGGCGAGUCUGAAGAAACCCAGAUCGAAAUACGGCUACUUUCCCUCAGUCAUGGCGGUCAAAUCCGCUGAGGUUUCAGUUUCGGCUUCAAUUCAGAAGGAGAGGGAGGUGCUCGCCAAAAUCAAGGCCAAUCCCUAUGUAAUCCGAUGCUUCGGCGAGGAGACCACCACCGGCGAGAAUGGUGAGAUGGUCUAUAACUUGCUCCUCGAGUAUGGCUCUGGUGGAACCCUAGCGGACAGGAUCAAGAAAUCAGGGGGGGAGAAGAAGAAAGGAUUGCCUGAAUUGGAGGUGAGGUUUCAUACUAGGUCUUUGCUUAGAGGCUUGAAUCAUAUCCAUUUCUCCGGCUACGUUCAUUGUGAUUUGAAGCCUGAUAAUAUACUCUUAGUUCCUAGUUCUGGAGAGGUGAAGAAGGGUAUUGGAUUCCGGGCGAAAAUUGGGGAUUUUGGACUGACCAAGAGAGAGAAACAGAGCAAGAAGAGGAGAUUGGAGCCUUAUUGGAGGGGUACCCCUAUGUAUCUCUCCCCUGAGGUUGUUAAAGAUAGUGUUCAAGAAUCCCCUUCUGAUGUAUGGGCUCUCGGGUGUAUUGUUCUCGAGAUGUUAACCGGAAACCCCCCCUGGGCCGAGGAAGGCCAGCUAGAUGCUAAGGAGAUUCUUACAAAGAUUGAGCAAGGGCAAUUGCCUAAAAUUCCCAGUGACCUAUCUAAGGUGGCCAUGGAGUUUCUGAAAGGCUGUUUCGUUAAGAACGAUAUGUAUCGAUUGACUGCAGAAAUGCUGUUGAAUCACCCUUUCGUGCAAGGCCUGGAUGAAGACGAUGACUGGCUGUUUGAGGAAGUGGAAGAGGUUGAAGAUAUAAACGUUAUCGAUUCCAUCGUGUUGGUGUCUGAUGAAUUCGGGUCUGCUAGCUGGAGUUGUGUAUCUGAAGACGAGGAUUCCAUAUACUAUUUGUCAGAUGAAGACGAUGUGGAAGGCAUUGAGGAUUACGAAGAAGAUUCGUCGUGCUAUGAUGAUGAAGAACGAGGAUUGGUAGGCAAUGAAAACCCGGGCGAUUUAACCCCCAGUACUGAUACUGGCUUUGAUAUUAGCGCGACAUCCUUGGAAGUCUCGUCUGAGGUUCCAUCUCAUGCUAGACAAAAGUAUCCGAUUGAUUAUACAAUUCGUGCAGGAGUUUAGGAGCGUUUAAGACCAUGACAGUUCUGAAUUAAAGCGUUUCAAGAAGAAACGCGAAGGAUGAUGAGCAGAAGAUCUGUGCGAUUUUCCAGUCACUCCAAUUAAAGAAAAGCCAGAAAUGGUGAGUAGUAUACAUCCCAUUUUAUUGUAUGGAUUUGGUGUUUCGGGUUAUGAACAUUCUUGUUGUCUUAAACAGAAGAGAACAAAUCAAAUCUGGGAUGAAUAGAUGCACGAAUCCCGAAGCGAUUUUCUGAGGCAGAGUUGAUGAAGAAAGCUGAGAGAGAAGAGAGAAAUCCACAUCUGAAGCGAAUGAGAAGAAUAUCGGUGGCAUUGCCUGCUGGAGCAAGAAAAGAAUACUGCAUACCAAUCCGCUUCAAGUUACUGCUGGCAGGGAUUAUAAAAUUUGUUGUUUAUACCUUAUACACUUGAAUAAUCAAAUAUAAAUAACCCCUUCAAUAAAAUGGAAUUAAUUGAAUUUUUUUAUUAGCAUCCUUACCCAUGAGUAAAGACGUAAAGUGUAAGUUUACUUUAAUUUCCUUAUUACAAUAGCAAUUUUAUUACAAAUAAAAUGAAAAUCAAUUCCAAUA